AUGAAAACCUCAUCAAUACCUGCACUAAUUGGCAGUGUAGCCGUCAAGUGGACGAUUGAAUGCAGUGAUCGGCAGUACAUUGUCAUGAUUCAAGCCAAGGAAGGCUGCGGAUAUGCUUUGGACAGGGACUUGCCGGCGGGUGUUCAGAUUGGUGGCAUACCAGAGGCCGACUGGGAGAAGAAGAAGAAGAAGAAAAUGAAGAUUAUGCCGAUCUAG